GAGUCAAAGGAUUGCUUCAUCGCUUGGCCAAUCAGGGCCUUCACGGGCAGCCCUUCAGGCACUGGGCCUGCUGAGAGGGGACCAGUGGUGUCAGGCACGCGUGGAACCAGUCCGCGACCACUUCCAGUGGAGCCGCCAGUCACCGUGGAGGCAGGACUGCCCUUCCUGUGGAGGUUUGCUCUUCGACCUGUGCGCUGCGGCUCCCUCUGCUUCCUGCAGUGAUCGGUGUGAGCCGCAGGACCCGCCAUCUCCAGCAGGAAGGAUUUAUUUUCUUGGAUGUGGAGCGCCUUUCCUGAACAAGAAAGCUUCACUUGCCUGCAGAUCACUGAGCAGGGAAAGCAACAGCCUAGCUGACGUGUUGUAACAUGCAGUAGGCCUGGGCUCUGGACUCUCAGCCCUCUCCGGUGUGUAAGGUCCCUAGGACUAACCAAGUUUGCAGAAGCCAACGACAACAAGGCAGUGAACCUAAAAAGCUGAUCGAUGUCCAGAUCUCAGGAACAACCAGAGCUUGCUGCUUUUGAGCUGCGGGGGGCCAGGCCUUCCAGAGGCAGCAUGGUGUCUCCCACAAGCAUCCAGGGUUCCAUGGAGCUCAAAGCGGCGCAGGCAGACCUCCAAGCUGAGGCCCACUGUCCCAUCUGUAAGGAGGACUUCGAGAACCCAGUGACCGAGUGCAGGCAUGACUUCUGUCACGCCUCCAUCAGUGAGUUCUGGAAGGAUCCAAAGGGUUGUUUCCCCUGUCCCCUUUGCCACUUUGAUUGUCCAGAAAGGAAGAUUUGGAGUCAAGAACAGCCAAGUCAGGCUCCUGAAGUUGCCCAGCCGCUCCCAGUACAAAAGAGAAGGAAUAACAGCCAGCAAGAAGAGCACUCUUCUGAGAUGCAGUCACAGCCCCCGGCCCCCUCCAGUGGGAAGGAGCAAGAGGUUUUCUCCCCCAGUCCCACGAGUCGCUUUGUUUGGCCCAUAGAGGAUGCGGCCCUCUGUAGUAUGAAACAAAUUGAAUAUUUCCUUAAAAUGUGGAGGGAGACAGUAGAGCCGGCCGAGAAAGCAAUUGCCACCCACAGGAUAAGAUCGCUAGUGCUGAACAGAAUGAUAAACCUCAGACGAGAGGAGGUAAUGUCUGAAUACCGACAAUAUAGACUGUUUCUCCAGGAUCAACAGAAGGACAUUCUUGGGCAGUUAGAAAAUGAAAAGUUGGCUGCAUUAGCCAAGCUGAAUGAAAACCUAGAGAAAUUCUCAGAUCACCUGUCUUCAUUAAAGUGUCUGUUGAGUGAGGCAGAGAGAAACUAUGGAAGGUCAGAGCUGGAAUUGCUGGCCAGCGUGAAAGAGAUUUACAGGCGGCACGCAAACUUAAAAUGCCCCAAGGUGCUCUCUGUAGAAACGAAACAGUAUCGCUCCUCGUUUCCUCCACAGUUCUCUGGCUUGGACAGAAUUAUCAAGCGAUUUCACGUUGAUGUCACUCUAGAUCCUGACACAGCACACUGUACGCUUGAUGUCUCCGAAGACAAAAAAGCUGUGCUCCGUGGGAAAAUGAAAAAGUUACCCAAUAACCAGAGAAGAUUCCUUGCGCACCCCGUUGUUCUGGGGUCUGAGGGUUACAGCUCUGGCAGACACUACUGGGAGGUAGCCGUGGAAAACAUGAGCGAAUGGCUGCUGGGGGUCUGCAAAGAGCCUUUCCCCAGGAGUGUGGACGGGAGCAAGGCCAGGCGACCGUUUUCAGUGCAGGAUGGAUUAUGGGGGAUCGGAUUAACCCGCUGCCACGAUUAUAUUGCAUUGGGCCAUAAGAAAAUUGAUCUUCUGCCAAAGGUAGCGCCUAAUAGGGUUGGAAUUUUUUUAGACUCUGACCUGCACGAGGUUUCGUUUUACAAUUUGCACGAUAAGUCCCUUCUGUGCCAUUUUAGCGACUGCGCUAGCGGUGCGCUUUGGCCGUAUUUCUACACUGGAUCUGUCUCCGGGCCUCUGAAGAUUUGCAAAGCCGAAGACUUUGAGUGAGAAGUCAACCACCAGCGAAUCGAGUCAGCGGGUGGGGGGAGGGAGGACCGCCUUUUAGAGAUUGCAUUAUAACAGCCACAAUAGUGGUUUUGUUUUUAACCUGCUUCAAAAGGAGUUAGAAUGCCUACUUUAUGCAUUAGUGGGCCCGAUUCAAAUGCGUCCUAGUGAUCCUUAAGGUAAUUGAAAAGCCUGUUGCUCCAGCCAUUGCCAAUAAAAAUCCAUCGAUGUCCGUCCCUGUUGAUCAUCUGCAUUAUUUCCCCUCCAAUAAAGAGUAAGCUCUUCACUGUUUGAAAAGCCAUCUUGACAUUGUUCACUGGUUGCAGCCAGUCACCACCUGUCUCUGCUGCUCUCUGGCAACGACCUUGAACAUUGCUAAUCAGACACAGUUGCGGACACGAGUUCUGAGGUCACCACUGAGGACAGGAAGGAGGCACAGAGCCGAAGAGAAGUACCGGCCAGUGGCAGUAACAGACAGAGGGGUGGAGAGGAGGAAGUUGGUGACGGUGAAGAGGAAGAUGUGGAGAGCCGGGCAGCAGCUGUGGGCAAGCAGGUGAGGAUGAUGUGGACAGCAAGGGGCUGAGGGGGAUGCUGAGGAUGUCCAGAAAGCAACAAAGGAAAAGCUAAACUUGAAAGACUGCCGUGGUCUAGUCAUUUCCUGUCCUAGAAUCUCAAUGUGGUCACCUUUACCUAGAGAAGCUGGCCCAUGCUCCCACACGGGACAGUGCUACCCACAGACGGCAUAUGCUGUCCACCACGCCACCAAAACCACUGAAGGAAUCUACAGCAAGGGAGGGAAGAAAGCCUGAACUUGCAAGGCGUUGCCCCGCCCCUUUAAAGGAAAAUUUGUUUUUACUUCAUUUUAAUGAUGACCAGUGACCAAACCAGCGUUCAGAGUGUUCUCUGUCCACCUUCUGACUUUUCUUGUGGUGACCGUGUUCGUUAUAAUCUCAAAGGUAGAAAAAAACCAACUCAUUUCAAAACGUAAAACAAAACCUUAUUUCAAGCAUGGCAGCCACUUGCUUGAAUGUACCCAGCUGCACUACGAGAUUUGUAUGAGAUGGCUGAAAGGGCCAAUGAUAGAAGCUUUCUCUCCUCACCCCUCCCUUUGCCUGUGAAAUUGACAUAUUUAUACCUGUCUGAAUCAAUGUUCAACUGUGGCACAGAGCCACACACACAAUUGCAAAUAAAACUUAAAGUUUU